AUGGCCGAAGAAUCCCGUCCCGUCGCAAAGACGAGUGGCGGAAACAAUGCCUUUCACAACUUCCACAACGACUUUGCUCACAUCGCCGACCCUAAUGAACGACGCCGUCUCGCCCUCGCAGAGAUUGACAAGGCUCCCUUUGGCUGGUAUCAUGUUCGAGCAUGUAUAGUGGCAGGUGUUGGUUUCUUUACUGACUCUUAUGAUAUCUUUUGCGUCUCCAUGUUGACCAUAAUGUUGGGUAUUGUUUAUUAUCCUGGCAAGGGCAAGUUGCCUACGAGCUCUGAUAAUGCCAUCAAGCUGUCAACUUCCGCUGGUACAGUUUUGGGUCAGUUGGGUUUUGGUAUGAUGGCCGAUAUUGUCGGCAGAAAGCGGAUGUAUGGUCUCGAGUUGAUCGUCAUCAUCUUUGCUACACUUGCCCAGGCUUUGACGGCUGGGUCUCCUUCCACCUCUCUUGUUGGACUUAUCAUCUUCUGGCGUGUCAUCAUGGGUGUUGGCAUCGGCGGUGACUACCCUCUAUCUUCCAUCAUUACUUCUGAGUUCGCUACUACCAAGUGGCGAGGAGCUAUGAUGGCUGCCGUCUUUGCUAUGCAAGGCAUUGGUCAACUUGUCGCAGCUCUAGUCAUGAUGUUCCUCACCCUUGGCUUCAAGUCCUCUCUCGAGGGAGCUGCCGAUACAAAGAGCUGCACUGGUGAUUGCCAAGUUGCUGUUGACAAGAUGUGGCGAACACUUGUCGGCUUUGGAGCUGUUCCCGCUUGCAUUGCCCUAUACUACCGUCUCACCAUCCCUGAGACUCCUCGCUACACCUUCGACGUCGCUCGUGACGUUGAGCAAGCCGAUGAGGAUGUCAAGGCUUACAUGAAUGGCAAACGUGAAGGCAACACUGAUGAAGUCUCGCGUGCUCAGAACCUUCAAACCGCCAAGAACAACCUCGAAGUCCCCAAGGCCAGCUGGAGGGACUUCUGCUCUCAUUACAGCCAGUGGAAAAAUGCCUCUCUUCUCCUUGGAACUGCUGGUUCAUGGUUCUGUCUUGACGUUGCGUUCUAUGGUCUCUCUUUGAAUAACGGAACUAUUCUCAAGGUCAUUGGAUACUCUACCAAGGAUGCUACAAAUGUUUAUGAGUUCCUCUACAACACAGCUGUCGGAAAUAUCAUUAUUGUAUUGGCAGGAGCUGUUCCGGGUUACUGGGUUUCUGUGGCAACUAUUGAUACUCUUGGCCGAAAGACGAUUCAGCUUGGUGGAUUUAUCAUCUUGACUAUUCUCUUCAUUGUCAUGGGUUUCGCUUACAACCACAUCCCCUCCAACGGGCUGCUGGCAAUUUAUGUUCUUGCUCAGUUCUUUUUCAACUUUGGUCCCAACACCACCACUUUCAUCGUUCCCGGCGAAGUAUUCCCUACUCGAUACCGUUCAACCUCUCACGGUAUCUCGGCUGCCAGUGGUAAAGUUGGUUCCAUCAUCGGCCAAGGUGCUAUCUCCAUUCUCAGAACCCACGGAGCCACAGACAAAAACGAGGCCCCUUGGAUGGACCAUGUUCUCGAGAUUUACGCUCUUUUCAUGCUUCUUGGAAUCUUGACUACUCUGCUGAUUCCAGAGACUGCUCGCAAGACUCUUGAGGAGCUCUCAGGUGAGGAUGACUACGCCAACAAUGAUCGUGCCUUGGAGUCCGACACUCAUGUUGGUCAGGAUAAGCCUGGACGAACCAGCGUUUGGGAGGGUGUCACUUGGUUGUGUGGGUGA